AACGUGGGGGCUGCGCCCGGGGGGGCUGCCCGGGCGGCGCGGCCGGAGCCAUGCGGACCGAGUUCCGAGCGCCGGAGGCUGAGCGCGGCCGGCCGCUGCACUUGCUGCCCGGAGACCUCCGUCCGCUGUCCCCCUUCCUGGCCCCUUCUCGCCUCCCGAGAGCGGAAUAAAGGCGGGGAGACGCGCCCCGACUCGCGCGCGGGACGCUGAGGCUUAAACUCUGCUGCAGCGCCCACCGGUCGUCCGGCUCCAGCGAGCGUCCCCUCGGGGAUGCACGGGGAGGGUCCCGUCGCGGGCGCAGCCUCCGGGGGCCCUCUGACUCGCUCCCUCAGAGUUCUGUUGGCGAGUGCCCAGGAAUUCAAGGCAGCCCCUGCUGGGACCCGGCCGAAGGAGGGCAUGGCUUAGCUCUCGGACUUGGCGGCGGGGGCGGUGGCCCGCGCGGAAGGCGCCGCGGAAGGGACACUCGGCGAAGAGGUCCUGGCCUCAGCACCGCGGAGACCGGGGCUCCGGGCCGCGACCGCCCGGAGUCGCCGCUGCGCCCUCUGGAGACGCGCCGCCGGUGCCCAGGGUGGUGCCAUGUGGGGCGGACGCCGCCCGGCCGCCUCCUCCCGGGACGCCGCUUCGUUCCUGCGGCUGCUGCUGGCCGCGCUGCUGGCGGCGGGGGCGCGGGCCAGCGGCGAGUACUGCCACGGCUGGCUGGACGCGCAGGGCGUCUGGCGCAUCGGCUUCCAGUGCCCGGAACGCUUCGACGGCGGCGACGCCACCAUCUGCUGCGGCAGCUGCGCGUUGCGCUACUGCUGCUCCAGCGCCGAGGCGCGCCUGGACCAGGGCGGCUGCGACAACGACCGCCAGCAGGGCGCCGGCGAGCCUGGCCGCGCGGACAAAGACGGCCCCGACGGCUCCGCAGUCCCCAUCUACGUGCCCUUCCUCAUCGUCGGCUCCGUCUUUGUCGCCUUCAUCAUCGUGGGCUCGCUGGUGGCCGCCUGCUGCUGCCGCUGCCUGCGGCCCAAGCAGGAGCCCCCGCAGAGCCGGGCGCCGGGCGGGCCGCGGCUGACGGAGACCAUCCCGAUGAUCCCCAGCGCCAGCACCUCGCGCGGCUCCUCCUCCCGCCAGUCCAGCACGGCCACCAGCUCCAGCUCCAGCGCCAACUCGGGGGCCCGGGCGCCCCCCACGAGGUCGCAGACCAACUGCUGCCUGCCCGAGGGCCCCCUGAACAACGUCUACGUCAACAUGCCCACCAACUUCUCGGUGCUCAACUGCCAGCAGGCCACCCAGAUCGUGCCGCACCAGGGCCAGUACCUGCACGCCCCCUACGUGGGGUACACGGUGCAGCAUGACUCGGUGCCCUUGACCCCGGUGCCGCCCUUCCUGGACGGCCUGCAGACGGGCUACCGCCAGAUCCAGGCCCCCUUCCCUCACACCAGCAGCGAGCAGAAGAUGUUCCCAGCUGUGACCGUGUAGCGCCAGGCGGGGCCGGUGCCCGCGCCGCCCCGGAGGGCGGAAGCUGUGGGCGGGGGAGGCGUCUCAGCGCCGAAUAGGACCCCAUCCUUUUUGGAUGGGCCUCCUUGGCCCCCAGACUGCGUGAAAACGCCUGUCUCCCAAUUCGCGCUUCUGGAUGCGGUUUCACGGAUGAUUUAGGAUGCUGCCCAUGGCUGUGUGACAGGUGUGAGCCCUGAAGUGCCCUUGAGGUAUGGCUGGCAAGAGGAUUUUGUAAACUGAGAGGUGAAGGGUGUUUACUCUUUUGCUAUUAUUGCUUCUUCUCGUUUGUCCUUGUAGAAGUCUGGACGGAAUAGCUCUAACCUCCCUUUCCCCUGGGCCGGUGUCUAAUCAGCAUCCUUGGUGUUGGGGGGGAAGAGCACGGUCACCAUGAAAGGACCCCGACUCGGAGGCCGAGGUCAGUCCUUGAUCUCAGCGUUUCACAGGCACGUCCUAAUCGCAUUGUAAACAGAUAUAUGUAUAGUCUAUUUUUAUGCUUGGGGGGGGUCUCUUGGGUGCUUUUUUACCUUGCGAGGAGAUCUUAUCACACAGGGGUUUUCUACAUUGUAAAAAGCGACCGGACGAAAUCCGUAUCGUGACUUAAAUGAGGCUUCCGACCUCUGGGAUUUUAGCCGUGGCGUGUGCUGGGUGGCACGGUAGGGAAACCGCGUGCCCCCUCUUGGUGGUAUAUUUUGAAUUUCUGACCUAGAGGGGCGUCUGAGAAGACGUAAUUAGACUUUUUAUAUUGAAAUCGCAAACUCUCAUCACCUGCUACUUCCCCAGGGUCCUUUUAGUGUGGCCACGUGGUGUGGCUUGGCAUCUCAUUCUCUUUGUGCUCCGACCUCGCUGUCCACACAGUAACUGAAUGCAGGUCGUGACUCUCCUUAUGCAGGAGCAUCGGCUUUUCUGCCCAGAUCAGAUGAAGCAUUUUCUUGGCUUCCCCGGGCAAAUUCAAAGACCUGCUUUACAAAGCUAUUUAGUGUAGCUCCUUAGCCACAGUCUGGGACUUGGGAUGAAAUUUAAAACCACCAAUACGAUUGACUUUGCAAAUCCUAGGCUUUUUGGACUGUUGUUAUCAAAAUGGCUUAUUUUUCGAGCAAGAGGGACUGUUACCUUGAGAAAAGCUUUUCAAGGAGAUAUUGCCUUUCUUCCCCACAAAGUUCGUUUUUGGUUUCCUCUCUUUUCGUCCUCACCAAGCACUGUGGUCAUCACCAGUGCUCUGAAUUAAGAAAUUCGAGGGGAUUUCUUUGUGUCCUGUGUACUUACAAUAAACAAGCUGAAGUAUGUCCAAGUAGGUUUCCAAUUGCCACCAAAACCACGCUGUGUAAUUAGGCAGUUGUCAGGUGUGGUCUUUUCCAUAUUUAUAUCUGUGUCUGUAGUUAUCUGUCUGUCAUCGGACAUCAAUGCACACAUUCUGUCACCCAUCUGUCUCGUGGCUGGAUAAUGUCAAACCAUUGUUGGCAAUUGGUACCCACAAAGCUACCCCAUCAAAUUUGUUUUAAUAACCAAAGGCAAGGGAAAGUCAUUUUACUUAUUAAUAAAUAUUUUAUGGUAUGAA